UGGAAGCUCAAGUCAAGGGCAAGUCGAGAAUCAACAGUAAUCACCUGUGACGAUGAAUGAUUGGGUUUCAGGGGCUAAACCAAUAGCCUUGAACCCUCUUCAAAGACCAAGAUAUAUCUCUUACUUGACAGUCGAUAGAAAACGUCCAAUUCCUUGGUCCUGAUCUGGAAUGAUGCGCACGAUUCCCUGAUAUGUUGUUGUUGUUAUGAGUCACUCGGCUGAUCUGUUGAUCACAACAUUGGAAAAGUUUAGCAGUUUGUAUGGCUGGACAUCAUAUAUAGUUUGAUUCAUUAAUUGAUUAUGUGAAAAUGCUUUUGUUUUUGUUUUUUGACAACGCCAGAAAAGUUUAAACCAAAAUUUAUGACCUCGGGGACGUGUGUGCGAACAGGUGACAUUUAAAACCAUGCGGUGAACAGUAGUCAGAUAAAUUUUAUGACAAUUGCAGUGCAAGAAACUAAUGCCAUUCCAAAACCUUAUCAAGGAUUUGCAUAUACCUGCAGAAGUUUCAGACAUCAAGUGAAAGAAUGCAAGUGAGGAGCAUGUGGCUUUCCCUUGCUGGCAUAUUAUUCCAGUUUUAAAGUGUAGCUGAACCAUGAAGCGAGAAGUCGAACCCAGUGGCUCCAAACAGUCACCAGAAGCUCUGCUUAAACUCUUCAUCUCCGGAGGUGUUGCUGGAUGUUGCGCAAAGACAACUGUUGCUCCUCUUGAUCGAGUCAAGCUUUUACUUCAGGCCCACAAUCAGCAUUAUAAGCAUUUAGGUGUUCUGGCCACUCACAGGCACGUGGUGAAGAAAGAGGGCUUUCUGGGGUUGUACAAAGGCAAUGGGGUUCAAAUGAUUCGGAUAUUUCCCUAUGCUGCCAUUCAGUAUUUAUCUUUUGAACAGUAUAAAAGGGUUUUCAAAUCCAUUUUUCCCGAUCACAACCACUUAAAUAAGCUGGCUUCCGGAUCUAUAGCAGGACUGACAGCUGUUUUGUUUACCUAUCCUCUGGAUGUUAUACGAACGAGGUUGGCCUUCCAGGUCAAAGGUGAACAUGUGUACAUAGGAAUGUUGGAUGCAGCUCGUACAAUGGUCUCUAUGGAGGGGGGAACACGGGCCUUGUACAGGGGCAUGACCCCUACAAUCAUUGGAAUGGCCCCCUAUGCUGGUCUUUCAUUCUAUGGCUUUGAAACAUUGAAGAAUCUGUGUUUAGAAUAUUUCCCCAGUGUGUUUGGAAAGCCAUGUCCACAGAACACUGGAGGCUUGGUACUCAUCAUACCAGCUAAACUCUUAUGUGGAGGUAUUGCUGGAGCCUUUGCACAGACUAUAUCCUACCCUAUAGAUGUGGUAAGGAGACGUCAGCAACUCUACAAGAUGUUACCAGAAUCUCACAAGUAUGAUGGGGGGAUGUGGAGAACAUUGUAUGUUAUAUACAGAGAUGACGGCAUCAGUAAAGGUCUUUUUAGGGGGCUGACGAUCAACUAUGUCCGUGUAAUUCCAAUGGUUUCUGUAUCCUUCUGUGUAUAUGAAACGAUGAAGCAGCUGUUAGGCCUGGACACUGGAGUUGACAGAUGAUGAUAACUUCUAGGUUAAUUGUAAUUAUUGGUUUACUAUUUACAUAAGAUUUAAUACUUGAUAU